UGCUAAACUCCAAUAAAAUUUCUGUAGUGCAUUUGUCAUUUCCUGAAUCUUCAACCUUGAAUGUUCAUAUCAAUCACCGACUUAAAAGUUCGCGUAUAAUACUUAAGUAAGAACUACAUACUAUUCUUUUAUAGUUAGCUUAGAAGCAUUUGCAAAAUAAUCAAUCCGAGAUGGCUAGUAAAAAUCAGCCAACAAAAAAGGCUACACAAGAAGUACAAAUAAACAUUGCUGUAAAACAACAGAAGGUUACUACAGGACCCGCCAAAACUCAAAAUAAAACUCAAGUCAAACUAGAUGUGGGAAAUGCAGCACCUAAACCAAGAAGAGCUCCCCAGCCUAGAGCUCAGCCUGGGCUCCCACCAAUCUUUAAACAAGACCAAGCGGUAUUGUUACAGCAACAACAAAUGAUAAUCCAGCAGCAGACUUUGAUGCUACAGCAACAAAACAUAAUAGCAGCCCAGCAAAUGUUGGCAAACACUUCGGUUGCUCAAGUUCCGAAGAAACAACCAGGUAGACCAAGAGUUAACAAUAAUGCAUCUGGAGAUAAACCAAAAGCAGCUCCAAAAGCGGCUAAUCCUAGAACUAAACAACAAGUAAAGGUUAAUGUUAAGAUAAACAACAAUCAAUAAAAUAUGUAUGAGUUGUUUUAUAUUUAAUAAUAUGUAAUAAUACGUUAAGAAGUUUUCAAUUUUUAAAAUAUAUUAUUCUUUUAAUUUAUUAAA